CCGAAAGAAUAUUAAGGGAUUUUUCCAGCCUAGAAUUCAACUUUUUCCUUGUGUUUCCCAUAUUGACUGGCGCCCUAUGAGCUGCCCUACGAUUUUCACGUAAAAUCAGGACAUUCCAAGUGUGUUUCUAGUGGGUAAUCCAGAGAAAAUCAACGGUAAAGAUGACAACGUACGCUUCGACGAACAAUGGCAGAGAGGCUGACUUCCAGAAGUUGGCCCAAACCAUCGGCACCAGCAUCCAGAAGAUCCUCCAGAAUGUUUCAUCCAUGCAGAGAAUGGUGAAUCAGUUCGGCACGGCUCAAGACUCUCCGGAACUGAAGCAGCAGCUCCACCAGAUCCGGACGUACACACAGCAGCUGAUCACAGACACAGACAAUCUGCUGAAGGAUCUGAACAACUGCAAGGAUCGCCACUUGAAGAUCCAGCGAGAUCGCCUUGUGGAUGAAUUUACGUCCGCCCUGACGGCCUUUCAGGUGGUGCAGCGCAAGACGGUGGACUUCGAGAAGAAUGCCAUCCGUCAGGCUCGCUCCUCGGCCAUCCCCAAGCCGCCCGGCUCCCACUCGGGCAGCCACAAUUCCACAGCUUCCGGUCCCUUUGAAGACAACUUCGUCACGGGCAGUCGCGGUCAGACGCAGGCCCAGAUGCAGGAGGACAUCGAUCUGCAGGCGCUGGAGGAGCAGGAGCGCACGAUUCGCGAGCUGGAGGAGAACAUUGUGGGCGUGAAUGAGAUCUACAAGAAGCUGGGCGCGAUGGUGUACGAGCAGGGUCACGUGGUGGACUCCAUUGAGGCGUCCGUGGAGCAGACUAGUGUGUUUGUGUCCGAGGGAGCGGAGAAUCUCAAGAAGGCUAGUCAGUAUCAGAACAAACUGCGAAAAAAGAAGCUAUUCAUAGCCCUUAUCUUGGCUGCUAUUGUUGCUGUUAUCAUUCUAUUGAUAGUUUGGAGCAAGUAAAUGCGAGAGAGAGAGAGAGAGCCGAAAACGAUGAGCACUUCUUUUGUAUAUUUGUAUGGCUUAGCGCGGAGUUUCAUCCAAUGAAUAAUGGAGUAUUAGGAUUGAGAGUGUUUGCGAGAGAAAGAAAAUAAUCUUAGACAUCUUUUUCUCCCAAUUGAGUAAACUACAUAAAAGUUACAGCAUAAAGGAAUAAAAAAAACAA